AUGCAUCGGACCACACGGAUCAAAAUUACCGAGCUGAAUCCUCACCUCAUGUGCGCCCUCUGUGGGGGGUACUUCAUAGAUGCCACUACCAUCGUGGAGUGCUUGCAUUCCUUCUGCAAAACCUGCAUCGUGCGCUACCUGGAGACCAACAAGUACUGCCCCAUGUGCGAUGUGCAGGUCCAUAAAACCCGGCCGCUGCUGAGCAUCAGAUCUGACAAAACCCUUCAAGACAUUGUCUACAAAUUGGUCCCUGGGCUUUUUAAAGAUGAGAUGAAACGGCGGCGGGAUUUCUAUGCAGCCUACCCCCUGACAGAAGUCCCCAACGGCUCCAACGAGGACCGUGGUGAGGUUCUGGAGCAGGAGAAGGGGGCUCUGAGCGACGACGAGAUCGUCAGCCUCUCCAUCGAGUUCUACGAAGGUGUCAGAGACCGGGAAGAGAAGAAGGGCCCCCUGGAGAAUGGGGAUGGCGACAAGGAGAAGCAGACAGGCGUGCGCUUCCUGCGAUGCCCAGCAGCCAUGACUGUCAUGCAUCUUGCCAAGUUUCUCCGUAACAAGAUGGACGUGCCCAGUAAGUACAAGGUGGAGGUUCUCUAUGAGGAUGAGCCACUGAAGGAAUACUACACCCUCAUGGACAUCGCCUACAUCUACCCCUGGCGGCGGAACGGCCCUCUCCCCCUCAAGUAUCGCGUCCAGCCAGCCUGCAAGCGACUCACCUUGCCCACAGCACCCACCCCCUCCGAGGGCACCAAUACCAGCGGGGCAUCCGAGUGUGAGUCAGUCAGUGACAAGGCUCCCAGCCCUGCAACCCUGCCGGCCACCUCCUCUUCCCUGCCCAGCCCAGCCACCCCCUCCCAUGGCUCUCCCAGCUCCCAUGGCCCCUCGGCCCCCCACCCCACCUCCCCCACUCCCCCUGUGACAGCCGGUGGGGCCACUGCAGCUGCCAACGGGGGCACCUCAAACUGCCUGCAGACACCAUCCUCCACCAGCAGGGGGCGCAAGAUGACUGUCAACGGAGCUCCUGUGCCCCCCUUAACUUGA